UCUUGCAUCACCGCAACUCUUCUCUCCUUACUAUUUCCUUUCCCUCAUAGAAUUCAUCUCAAUAAAACUAUCUCACGGAUGAUGCUUCGCUCAGUGCCUCGUCGAAUUCCUCGACGCUUUCCCUCUCUCUCCGCGACUGCAGGCAGUCCCUCCCGCAACGCCCUGCGCUCCUUCACAUGCGGUUAUCCGCGGAUGUCGGCCUCCUCGUUACCGCCCGUCUCUCCCCCCGUGUCAACCUCAUUGCCAGGCGAUUCAUUCCAGCUCCUGCCUGAGUCCAGCAAAGCCGGAGCGGCCGAAGAUGCGCUCUACGAGCAACAGAUCAAAGAUGUCGAGGCGUGGUGGAAUUCCCCCCGUUUUGAAGGCAUCAAGCGCCCGUACUCCGCCGCGGACGUCGUCAGCAAGCGGGGCUCGCUCCAACAGACCUAUCCCAGCUCAUUGAUGGCGCGGAAACUAUUCAAUCUGCUCAACGAGCGAGCGGCGGAGGGAAAGCCGGUUUCUACCAUGGGCGCCAUUGAUCCCGUCCAAAUGACCCAGCAGGCACCUAACCAGGAAGUUCUGUAUAUUUCUGGCUGGGCGUGCUCUUCCAUCUUGACUAGCACCAACGAAGUAUCCCCCGAUUUUGGCGAUUAUCCUUACAACACCGUCCCGAACCAAGUACAGAGGCUGUUCAAGGCACAGCAGCUACACGACCGAAAACAAUGGGACGCGAGGCGGAAGAUGACGCCGGAGCAGCGCAGCUCGACUGAAUAUGUGGAUUUCAUGCGACCGAUCGUUGCAGACGGUGAUACGGGGCAUGGCGGAUUGUCCGCUGUCUUGAAGCUGGCGAAGCUGUUCGCCGAGAACGGUGCUGCGGGUGUCCAUUUCGAAGACCAGCUUCAUGGCGGAAAGAAGUGCGGUCAUCUGGCAGGCAAGGUGAUCGUGCCUGUUGGUGAGCAUAUCAACCGACUUACUGCCGCUCGGUUCCAGUGGGACAUGAUGGGCGCAGAGAACCUGGUGAUUGCACGGACGGACUCGGAAAGCGGAAGGCUGAUCAGCAGCGCCAUUGAUGUGCGCGACCACGAGUUCAUCCUGGGUGUUACGGAGGAGGUCGAGCCUCUUGCCGAGACCUUGCAGGCAAUGGAAAGAGAGGGAGCUGCCCCUUCGGAGAUCGACGCAUAUGAGCUGGACUGGGUUAAGAGGCACAAGCUUGUCACUUUCGACGAAGCCGUCGACGCACACCUCAAGGCAGAGGGAGCCUCCCAAUCCGCCCGGGACGCAUACAAAAAGCACGUACAGGAGAAUCCCGACCUAUCAUUCUCCCGCCGACGAGCCCUCGCCAACGACUACACAAAAGCACCAGUGAUCUGGUCUUGCGACAGCCCCCGCACACGCGAGGGAUUCUACCACUACAAAGCCGGCUUCCCGGCCGCCACCAAGCGCGCCAAGGAGUUCGCUCCCUACGCCGACCUCUUAUGGGUCGAGACCGGGGACCCCGACGUCGCGAAGGCCGGAAAGCUCGCUGGUGAAGUGCGCGGCGCUUUCCCCGGCAAGAAACUCGUCUACAACCUCAGCCCCUCGUUCAACUGGAUGGGCCAGGGCUUCGACGAAGCUUCCUUGAAAUCCUUCAUUUGGGAUCUAGCUAAGCACGGAUUCGUCCUGCAACUAAUCUCCCUGGCGGGUCUCCACUCCAACGCGACCGUCACGACAGAGCUCUCCCGCGCGUUCAAGGACGAGGGCAUGCUCGCAUACGUGCGUCUGAUCCAGGCCCGCGAGAAAGAGCUCGGCGUCGAGGUCCUCACUCACCAGAAGUGGAGCGGCGCGCCAUACAUGGAUGGCAUCCUAGGUGCGAUCCAGAGUGGCAGCAGCAGCGCCAGGAGCAUGGGCGAGGGAAAUACCGAAAAGGGUUUCUAGACUAGGUUUUGGAUGCUAUGUGAUGUUAUGGUGGUUUGUAGUUGAGAUAAUAGCCCUAUAGAUAUCAGUUAGUGUAUGUUUUAUGUAUAUGCAUUUGAGCUUUAGCUAUGAAUUAC